CACAGAAACCUUUUCUUAUCGUGCAUGACAUAUUUUAACCAGCGUCAGCGCCCAACUAAUGUCAUAGAUCAAAGAUGCCUUUCCACAUUAAAGAAAAUCCUUCGUACACGCAUGGCAAUUAUGCGCGGGGAGAAUGAGAUGUCUGCUGCAAAAUAAUCAAUGCCAACUCGGAAGUUAGGUCAACCCGCCAGGCAAAAGGGCACUAUAGUCAUUGAUGUCUCCCCUCUUGCAGUUUAUCGCCCUGAGUUUUAAACCUAAAACACAUUAUUUCAAUCUACCACAGGCAACGACCCUGCUCUGCUCAGCUCAUUUGCUUUUCUAAGUAAAGAAUAUCGGCAUACUUUAGUCAACAUGACAACAAUGUCCCCCCCCUUUAUAUUUUAAUUUUGGGAGAGAAGACCUCGGUCGUGAAAGGAGCAGAGACAUUGCUGAUUCGUCUGCCAGUCCAACACAAGUCACUGUAUAUACGCAAUAAUGCCAGGGUACGUCCUCCGUACCGAAAGCACUGAAAAGAAAGGGGUAAAGGGAGGCAACGCCAAGUUUGUCACUUAACUGAUGGCCCUGCAACCUUGCUCUUUCCUUUCAGGUCCUUGCUGUGUCUUUUCUUUUUCUCAUCUUUGAACCCAUUAACCUCUGUAACCUCUCUCUCUCUCAAUCUCUACUUGCCCCCACUUAACACCGCGACCAAAGGCAACUAACUAAAAAUCAAACCGAACCCAGCAUUAUAGUACUAGCUAGCUGGAGAGUCAACAUUCUUGUUGGUCAUCCUCUUGUAGCUGGUACCAUUUUGUGGAAGCGAAGAAGAUGGGGGAAGAAAUAAAUGGGAUCGACACGGAGAGCUAUGGAGAGAACGGCCACGAUAGGAUCGACUACGUGUUCAAGGUGGUGGUGAUCGGCGACUCCGCUGUGGGGAAGACCCAGCUGCUCUCCAGGUUCGCCAAGAACGAGUUCCGCUUCGACUCCAAGUCCACCAUCGGCGUCGAGUUCCAGACCCGAACAGUUUCCAUUGCCGGAAAAGUCAUCAAGGCCCAGAUCUGGGACACUGCCGGCCAAGAAAGGGCAGUGACGAGCGCAUACUACCGAGGAGCACUAGGGGCCAUGCUGGUGUACGACAUCACCAAGAGGCAGAGCUUCGAUCAUGUGGCCAAGUGGGUCGAGGAGCUCCGGGCCCACGCGAACCACUCCAUAGUGAUCAUGCUUAUCGGCAACAAGGUCGACCUCGCCGGGGACACGAGGGCAGUCCCUACAGAGAAUGCGGUGGACUUCGCGCAGGACCAAGGCCUCUUCUUCUCAGAGACCUCCGCGCUCAGCGGCGACAACGUGGACGCCGCGUUCCUGAGGCUACUGGAGGAGAUCCAUGGUGUCGUUGCUAAGAGGAAAGCACUGGAAUGUGGUGGUGGGGAUCUAAUUGGGAACAACCUUAAUGGCACGAGUAGUGCGGCUUUGUAUACAGGGUCGUCCAAGAAGAUUCAUAUUGUAUCUUCAGGCUCAGGAUGUGAUUUGGAAGAUGUCAGCGACUUGAAGAAACCAUCCGCCUGCUCCUGCUGAAUUGGGUAUCUAGCAUGACGAGCGACACUCGAGUGGAGUUCUUCAAAGUUCAAGCAUGAACCUGAAACCCCUAAAGAGAAGGUCAAAAAAGGAGGAAAAACCACCGCCUAGAGUCAAAAAGAGGCCAACUAAAGAAAACCUUUUUUGUCCCUUCAUGUUUGAUUUUUCUGCUUAUUAUUCUACGCUUUUUCUAAUUGAAGUGGGGUACUCAAUUAGUUGGCGAAGAUGCUUUCCCUUCUACUGAGAUUUAGAGGUGCGAUGAUGAUCCUAUCUUGUAUAAAAAAAAACCCCCACCCCCAACCUGCGAAUCAAAUUAAAGUGUACAUAUUGCGUUCCUGUGUGUA